CACAUGUGCGAGCGACACCGUUGAUAUAACAUUCGCCAUGCUGGGAAUAACCAAUCGAGGAAUUGCACUCUUCCCCGCCUUCCAAAAAAAGUUGCACCUGUAGCCAUCUCUCACAAUAGCGGCUUUCCUUGAAUUCACGUCUGCACGUCAAGCAGCUGCGACCACGAGCUGCGUGGUCGAAGCCGCAUUCGCCUUCAAACCUCCACGAAGGGCGUCACAAAGCGAAGCAGUUCGUGGCACGUACUGAAUAAUGCGCUGAACCGUAGAAGGCCGUCGAAACGCUUACAGAAAUGGGUUGUAGCGAGCGGACAUGCAAAGCGGACCUCGUUAGUGUUUCCUCGGGUGAAUUGAAAAGUCGUAAAGAGUCGACGCGGCUCUUCGGCGCGUAUUAAGUAUGACGUGCUCACUCCAGAUGGCGCAGUCGUGAUCGCCGUUCUACUUUUGUAUUCUUCGGGCGCUGCCGGCAAGUGUGCGAUGCGCUUUGUUUUAGGACGGCCGCCUUGUAACGCGAGGAAAACGUUUUUGUGUGUUGGCCUCCCGUCGAGGAUUUUUUUGACUCACGUCAUCGCGUUCGCUAACGAAACCUGAGCUGUGAACGCUCCGCCAACGGUCACUCAUGUCUGCAGGCAGCCUUGUGGCUCGGGCUUUCUUCAAGAGCGGUUGCGUCGAGCGCGCAGGAUUAGGGGUCUUAUUUUUACUUCUGCUUUCUCAGUGUUUGUUCCUGUCCAAACAAGCGAACGCGCUACAGGGUCUUGCCCCUGGAGAAGUCGGACUGAACCACAAAUCAUGCGGCAUUGCAUCUGUCGACUACCGAAUUGUAAACGGGCUCAUAGCUGACAUCGAGAGGUUCCCAUGGGUGGUCUUCCUGCAAGUCCGCUACCGGACCAUACUAACUCGAUGUGCCGGAUCAAUUCUGACUGCAAGGCACAUCCUCACGGCCGGCCACUGCACCAUUUGGACCAACGGACAGAAGGCCACGAGCAUCGUGAUGCUGUACGGCGCAUCAAAGUUCUCCACGGGCACCAAAGUAGUGGUGAAGCACUUUUACCGACACCAGGAGUUCGACUUCCAGACGUUCAAGAACGACCUGGCCGUUCUCUUGCUGGAGACACCGAUCAAGCUGGGCCCCAAAGCGCGCACCAUCUGCCUGCCCCGGUCACCCGUAAGCCUCGUCGGGGAGACCGUGGUCGUCGCCGGGUGGGGAGUCACCAGCGAGAAUGGUACCGGCUCACCUAUGCUGCGGUACACAACCCAGGUGGUCUGGAGCUUGGAGAAAUGCAUACAGGGCCUCGGAGGAAUCGCCUUCUUCAAACCGCAGCAGAUAUGCGCCUACAAGAAAGGUUCAGACGCCUGUCAGGGCGAUUCCGGCGCACCUUUGAUGCGGAAGCGGGGCGACGCCUUUGAAAUCGUAGGCCUCGUCUCCUUCGGAAACAGAUGCAACUUGGAAGGCGUGCCGGGAGUCUACACCAAUAUAUCCAACUACCGAGAAUGGAUUGAGACUGCUGUCUCUAUAUAUGGCAUGGGCAGUUAUGAGCAUGUCUGAACAAUAAACAGUCGCACGAUCAUGUCCUCGGUUGUGCAAGGCUA